AUGGCAAGAACUCUCCGGGCAGCCCCUUGCUGCAUGAUCCUGUGGCUUUUUGUGGGCCUGUCCAACUCCUUCUGUGGAACAGGAGGUGGCUUUUCUGCAAGGACGUCCUCAUUGCCAAGACGGGCCGAGAUCGACCCGGUCACGGAGAAAUUCUUGUUUUUUUCGGUAUCAGGUGUGGCCGGCUUCCUCGUCUCGUCCUGGGUUAAAGACAUGCAGACGGCACAAACGUCGCUCAGCGACGUGAGGAAGGAGGUGAAUGACGUGAAGAUGGAGGUGAAUAUGCUGGCGUUGAACACCACCUUUCGCCUGGCUACUUUGGAGAAGGAGGUGAAUGCGCUGGACAAGAAGAUGGACGAGAAGAUAGCGAAGAUGGACGAGAAGACCGAUCGCAACCAUGCACAACUGGUUGAGAUGAUCGCGGCCAGAAAACGUCCUUGGAUUCGCUAA